UACAAGACUCAUUUAUUUCAUAUUAAUCUCUCUUUCAGUCAAUUUGGAAGAUCCUCAUCCCAUACUUUGCGAAUACAAUGGAAUGACAUUUUUUCCUGGUGAAGAUGUGUAUUACGAACAUAGCGGUUGCAAAAUUACGGGAAUUAAAUGUAAAUAUGACGGCACAGUCUCAAUAUCUGAAGACUAUGAUUGCGACAUUACCAGUACUACGCCAAGUACAACAACUUCUACGCAAAAGACAUCACCUACAACUCCGCCAACACAAAGGCCAGGAUGUCACCAUGACGGGAUAUUUUAUAAUCCAGGCGAAACCAUCUACGAAGGGAAGCAGGAAGAUUGGUGUUUUGGUGCCGUAUGUUCUGAUGAUGCAAAGAUAAUAGAAUGGGACAAUUUACAAUGCAAUACGACAACACAAGCACCAACUACAAUAAGCACAACAAACCUACCUAUAGCGGGAUGUGUGGUUGAAGGAGAGUUUUAUUUACCAGGCGAACUUAUCCUGGAAUACCAACAGAAAGAAGUUUGCGUCAAAACAACUUGUGAAUUGAAUGGUGUAAAGAAAGACGAAAAAAUCGGAGAUUGUUAAUUUUCAAGAAAACCUUUCGUUGAAACGCAAUUUCAUUUGACAACAUUUUACUUAGGGUAAAGGUGAAUUCAAAACGGCCAACCUGCUGUCAGCGUUAAAUAAUUUCAACUUUGAUACAAAACAAUUCAAACGGAAAUUCAGCAAAAUCCCCAUGAAGAUGUUAUUAAAAAACGUAACUAGAACAAAUUUGAAGCAACUAAUCGUAUAUAAAAAGUAAAUUUUUGAUUUGAACAAUUUUCAUAAAUUCUAAAAAUCAAUUUCAUAUCACACGUUCACACGUAGAUGAAGCCCAGGGCAAGUUGAAAUUUGUCGUAUGAUUUUACAAUAAUAAGCUCCCAGCGUCAGGGGAUCCGUAACAAAACCUAGUUUAAAGGCAAUACUUUACAAAGCUUCAAUAUCAUCUGCAAACCUCUAUAUCUAUUAUAACUAAAUUGCUUUAGUCUUAUAUGUUGUCGUAUUCAAUGAUCUAAAGGGGUGCAAUGCUAGUAUAUACUGUGAAUAAUUUUUAUUAGUUUUUCAAUAUCAUUGUUCAUCAAGCUCAUCUGGAAGUUUUUUUGGUAACAUUCGCUUACGCCGACAACUAAUUAGUGGAAAACUGAAUAUUUAUCGUGUACUAUAUUUAUCUGUGAUAUUGCUUGCGAGACAAGAGUUUGAAAUUCAGACUUGAUUUCUGCUGAGUAGUGUUCGAAUAGAGAUGUGAAUUAUUCUAUUGGCAUUAUAUGAACAAUAAAAAAGUGCGUUUUAUUUUUGAAUAAAUGCUUAUCCAAUAAGCAGAAAAGUGGAA